AUGGAUAAAAUCAACGCAGCUCUUAAUUGCUUUCUCGAAACUCACGCCGAAACCUUCGUUCUGCAACGUCGACAAAGAUUGAUGGAAAUCGAAAAAGUAAUCAAUCCAAUACUAUCAGAAGUGAAAAAAAUCGACGAGCGAUUUGACUUUGAGACGUUAAGUGGUAAAAGCUUUUAUGUCGUUAAGUCGCCAAACCACUAUGAAAUAUUACUUGUUUUUCAAGGGAUAGACCCGGAAGAGCUGGCGAUUGAGGAUGGACAAACACCGCCUGGAUUUUCAUUGGUUAGGCUAACAGGGAAAAAGAUGGUUUCCAAGUGGAAGUUUUGUAGUGGAAAUAGUAAUCCCAGCAAAGUUUAUAUGUCAGCAAAGAUUGUUAAGGAAAAGAUUUUUGAGCUUGUCAAACGAGUAGUGAUCAGUGGAUCUUUUCGAGAAGAGCAAGAGGGAAAAAUAUGUAUCGAAGUCGACGAAUCACACGACGACGAUGCAAUUCGAAUCUCAGUCAGCGGUCGCGAUAAGGAGUCAUACGGCCUCCAUCUCAUCCCGGCCAUUCCUUGUCCCGGACGGUGGGUAUUUUCUGCGCAUGCGUGGGAAACCAAGCAACCUGAUGGGCUAAGCAAAAAAGUAAAACAAGAUAUACUACAGAGGGGAGUACAACUCGUUGCCAGGACCUCUCCCAGCAAAUCAUCUUACCAAUGGCAAAUCGACUUUUCAGGUCCCAUGAGAAUGUUGAUUGAACUGGACAUGGGAUGCCGGAAAACAUGUCUUCUGAUUCUUGAAAUAAUUUUGGAGGACAUGCAAUGUGGUAGAAGCGGAUGCGAUACAUUUCACCUGGAAACCCUUGCGAUACGUGUAACCCAUCAACUGCCAUUUAAGUCCUUCUGGGACGAAGGUAAACUUGCCAAACGACUUAUGGAUAUCAUAAAAGAACUGCAACGAUGUUUGUUGGAGAGUAACCUUGAGCACAUUUUUCUUCCAAGCAUUAAUUUGCUUCGAGAUGUCGAUAAACUGGCUUUAGAAAACUGCAAAGAAGGUCUUCAGCAAAUACUGCAAGAUACUGAAAAGUAUUUCCGUCAAUUUGAACUCUUUAAGUACACUACUUCCUUGUAAGCGGAAGAAAUGAGAAGAGUGGUAGUAGUGUUAGAACGUGCAGUGUCAAUAAAUCGAAACAGUACAACCAUGUGUGGCAAACGCACCAAUUCAGAUACUGCAAUUAGUCAAUCAAACAUGAUGGCGCAUCCGAUAUAGGUGGUUCCUGGCUGUGAAAAACGGCCGACUUUCCUCCUGAAUAGACCUCUAUAGCUUGUAUGUUUUGUUUUCCCAAUAGAGGUCCAAUGGGAACUUGAUCCUUUGUCUUUUCAAAAAUUAUACGUACAUAUGCACAUGAAUAAGACGAAAUUUAAAAGAAUCGGUUCCCUAGAGUAUUAUCACAUGACCUGCACUGAGAAAACAAAACAUGCAAACUAAAGAGGUCUAUGAUAUAAAACAGCGCGGUUUCUUUAUUUACUGGCUAGAACUUAGGACCAAAGGAAAGAUAUGUAUUUUUAGCUUUCUAAUUCGACUCACUUAGGGUUCCGAGAUCACUUGACCAUUGAUAUGCUAUUGCCUGUGAACAUCACACCAAUUGACACCAAUGAGAUUGCUUGAGCCUUAUUUUAUGGUCAUGGUAGAUUUUAGUAAGUAGAUAUCUGUACUGUACUGUAAUUUCUAAAUAGCAUUUGUCGGUGCAUACGCUCCAACAUUUAUUCAGCAUAUCUCGGCUUUUACUUUGUAUUUAUCCCUGUACCUAUUGUAUCAAACUCGAUUGCUGCUUGCGUCUCCCUCCAUGAGGUACAUUUAUUAGAGAGAUUAACAUGAUUAAGGCAAAUUGAACCACGUAACCAAGUUUUCCAGUAACUUUCUAUCUACCGUUUAUUUUAUCUACAAAGAAAUACUUAGUUUCAUAUCCAGUCAGUUUCAUCCACAAAAAUUAUUUUGGAUGAGUUUUUAUAAUUACCUGUUCAUCUCCUAAUUUAAGAAAUUUUCAACUUAAAUUUCGCGUUUGACGAUUGCCGUAAACAAAAGUGAUUCUUGUUCUUCGUGUUCACACUUAUUGUAAGAAUAUUUCUUAUUUGUCCUCAGCGAGACGGUAGAGAAUGUAAUUGCAGGCAGUCCAUAAGCCCUUACUGCAUAUUGUUUUAAAUUAUCCCACCUCUUUUUGUCAAGAAACAGCAGCGCGGAAAGUCCACGGAAGUAAUUCAAUGCAUAAUGAAUCACGUGAUGCAUAUGUAAACGAGGUUGAAACUUAAGGUGGCGAACACGCCGAACACGGUUUUGCGGGCGGUCUGCGGUAACUCGCGUGACGGCGCGUGUUUUAAAUUGGACAAACAAAUAUGGCGGCGAAAAAAGCAAUAGUACACAGGCGACGAUUUCUCAAAAUCUACUCAUUAAAAUUUUGUGAAUAUUUGGCAGAAUUUUCACUUUUAUCGUAUUUUAAAUAAUGAGAACGAAUCUUUUAGGGAAAUCGAAAAAAGUUCGAGUUAUCGGGAGUUUGAAGCAAAUAACCGGAAAUAAGGAAAUAAGCAAAUGGAUGGGGAGGGAAUGCAAUUAAGCAACAAACUUGUAUACGGGGAUGGACAAUGAAUUUGAACAGGUCAGUCACAAAAGACAAAGACGAAGAAUUAAUACAGUUGUUUUGAAAUAAAUGUCUCGGACUUCGGUAAAUGUUUUUUUUUCAACUUGUCAGGCGAUAGUUCGAGUUAUCGAGGAUAAAAUUAUAUAGAAAUGAUCUGAAGCGAAACAAAAAUUACUUCGAGUUAACGGGAGGUUCGAGUUACGGAGGGUAAAAUAACAGUAAAUGUAUGAAGGAAAUCCAGGGGAAAUCGACUUCGGUUCGAGUUAGCGAGGUAGAGCGUUUCCACAUGACAUCACAGACGGCCAAACAAUCCUGUGGGAGUUGAACUAUUUUCUUAUGUUGACGGAUUUUUUGGUCCUAUGAAUUUGCUGCGUUUCUGGCCACGUGAGUGAAAACGCCCUAUAGACACCAGUUUUGGCGACGAAGAGACGACUGCCACUGAAAAAAAUGUUUGCGGGGGCAGCUAAAGUGGCCACCAAACAGAGCAUGACGAGGAAAGAUCGAUCAGAGAGAUUCAAUUGGGACUACACUCUUCGGGUGUAAUUACGACAAAAACGAUACACCAACAGUUUCUCGUGUAUUUACAGACUCCUUUGUGCAUACAGCUAUUUCGAGUAAGGUUGUCGGAGAAAAAUGUGUACGCGACAAUCUCGAAAGGUAAUAUGGGAUAUGAUCAAUUCACUGUUCCUGAAACUGUAGCUGUCGAACUUAGUUUUGUUGCUUUCCUUUAGCACUUUCAUACAUAAGUCCAUGGCCUCUCGUGCCAUUUUUUCAAAUUUCUUUGAAGAACAGUGAACUCAAAACCACCCAACUGUAUCUUCCAGAAUCCCUCCAUCGUUACGGGGAAUCUGAAAACAUGUUUUUUCACGUUGUUAGUGUUUUAUUUCACACAUAGUAAGGAUACUGUGUACCAAGAAAACAUAAAUUACUAAGUGUUUGAAAAAUGCUUUUCACACAAGAACAAAAAUAGACCUAUGUCUCUAACGAGUUUCUGAAAUCAUUGCGCUGUUUGUCGCUCACUGAGUUGCCUCGCGCCUCGCUGCCUGUGCCGUUCUCUCCUUCAAGUUACGAUAAAAACAUUUCCGGAGUUUUAAAGUGACUUAGAUGGGAGCUUUAAUUUAACCUCGACAAGUUUCUCUUAGUCCAUCUCUGUUCAUCGCAGAUUGCAAUGAAUUUUAGGGGAAAAUGUGACGAAAUUGAGAGAAAUUCAGCUUACUAUGAGGAAAUUAAUCAAAUCACCCUUAGUCCUUCACAUCAGAGAACUAUUGAACCUUUCUUACAAAUGAAAUCACAACAAUAUUUAAAACUUGAUAGGUGCUUACUUAUUUGAUAAUAUAUCAAUAUUUAAUAACCACCCUUAAUUUCUGUUAUCUGAAUUUUAAAAUUGUUUGCGAGUGAUCAAUUAACCAAUGCCGUUAUCGUUGGACCACAAACGCAUCAUGUUUCUAAGCUACACACUAAAUGUUUUGGCUUAUUAGCGUGUGUUUUUUUCCUAAUUCAAAGAAAGUAUUUUCUCCUUGGCAUCACGUCGACUGAAUCGCGUUCGUUUGGCUACAAUUUCCCCAAAUCCCCUUUAUAGAGUAAAGUACAGCAACACUCGUUUUUCUUCAGAUAAUCAGUAUUUAACUACACAAACCAGAGAACAAAUUAAGGAGAAAGGUGAAUAAUUGGUGAGUGCAAAUGGAGGGAUCGGCGUCUAUUAUCCACGAUCCUUCACCAACUGAUUCUGAUCACUGGUUGAAUGGAUUUCUUCAACAAAAUUGUGAAGAAGCACGGAAGCGGGUUCAAGAGGAAAGAAAUAUUUGGAACUUGUCAAAUAAUGAAAAUUCAUGCGAAGAAUUGGACUUGUCGGCAAUCUUCAAUUUUACUAACGACGAUGAAUCAGGAGAAUACGAGGAUUCGUCUGGUGAAGUGGCUACAGAACCAAUGAUAGCUAACGAUGGUGUAUCGAUUUAUAACAAUGAGCGACAUAUUGCGCAAGAAAACACGCCUCAACAGUUUAAUGAUCUUGUGGAUCAAUCAGGGACGCCGUCGUCAGAAGUAAAAAUUCCAAACGAAUCUCAAUGCUCUAAUUUCAGUCCACUCCCUGAGAGAAGUAAAUCAGUCAACGAUGCUGUGUCGAUUCACGCUGAGGACGAGCGAAUGACACAGGACAGUAGUCGUAUGUCUACGGCACAUCUCGUUACGGAGGGAAGCAGCGAAGCCGAUUGGGAUUUUCAAACCGAAUUAGUGGAAGUUUCCAGUAUGGGAAUUGUGCAUGCAAAGCAACAGCUCUCACAAGCAAUAAACGAAUUCUACUUGAAUAUAGUAGAGAAGGAACGUUUAAGUUUCAGACACACGAUGAAGCAGAUCGAAGAAACGGUCAACGAAGUCUUGGCAGAGGUAGAACGACUCGACAGCAGUUUCAAGUUGCGUAGAAUGAGCGCUCAUAGCUUUUAUGAGAUAAAGUCGAGGAGUGAAGUCGACAUACUUGUUGUUCUUGAAAAUGCAACCCUAAAUGACUUUGUUAUCGAGGAUUUAAAAACACCUGCCGGAUAUGCACGGUUACGUUUGACGUCAUCACCAAACAUGGCACCAUCGUCACCUAUUACGUCAUCGAGUGGUCAGAUACUUGAGUGGUGUACAGAAACACAGCCGGGCGAAUUAUAUUUUUCGCCAAAAAAGUUGUGUAAAGCAUUUGCAGCCAUAGUUUCCAAAGCAGCUGGGAGAAUUCUAAAGAAUGGAUCCAGAGUAACACGGAAGCGAGUGUCUUUUUCAGACACAGAAGCUACCGUCGCCUUCACCGUCAAUCUCAUUCCUGCCGUGGUUUGUCCACAGAACUGGCCUCUUUGUGCUUAUUGGCUUAGAAAUUGCACCAAAAAGUGGCCAGAAGUGGAAGUCAAGAACAAGAUUAUUCGAGGAGGGAUGCAUCUUAUUGGCUUAGCAACAGGCAAAGAUAACGACUCUUUGUGGAAUAUAAACUUUUGCUCUGCUCGACGGCUUCUUUUUCAGUCUGAUUGUGACGGCAAACAGAAAUGUCUACGCAUUUUGAAAGUUCUUCUGGAAAGAGAUUUGUCGCGACCUAAAGGUCUUUUGCUGCUGCACCUGGAAAAUAUUGUAAUGUGGGCGAGUAGGAAGCACUGGAAAGAGGAAGAUUGGGCCGAGAACAUGAUGGCCGAAAGAUUUUUAGAGAUGUUAGUAGCUCUUCACAAAUGCUUAAACAAUCACGACUGUUACCAUUUUUUCGUUCCAACGAUUAAUCUGUUUAACGAAUUGAAACCCGAAGUUGUCAAAAUACUAGCUACGAAAGUUAAAGAUAUCUUGCAGGAUCCUUUGAAGUACCUUAAAAAUUAA